AUGUCAUUUCAACAUUUAAAAGUUUUGCUUUUGCAUUCAACUUUUGCAGUUUUCAUGAAACUUUUUAUUCAAAAGACUUUUUAUUGCAUCUCGUUUGUAGCAAGAGAAAUUUCUGGCAUAGUGAAAUUGAAUGAAAACGUUCCUUCAUCUUUCCACUUAAGCCAAGUGUUAUGCUUAAGCUUCAGUAGCUCGAAAGCUGUUAGAAUGUCAUCAAAAGCUUCCGAGCUAUUGAGAAUCUAA